CCGCGCGCCGCUCCGCGUCGUCAUCCGUUCCCGCACGGCUGACGGGGGCGCGGGCAGCGGCGGCGGCAUGACCGAGAGGCGGCUCACCGCCGAGCCACCAACUAUUACAGAAGAAGGAUUUGAAGAUUCUUUGGCAACAGAUGAUUUCCUUGUGGACUACUUUAAUGAAUUCCUAAGCCUUCCAACCUUUUCAGAGGCAAUUAGAUUUAAUGUGGACUAUGGAGUUUUUGAAGUAGUUAACAAUGCUCCACAACUUCUGGAAAAGCAACUGAAAAAAAUUCUCUUCAACCAGCAACCUCGAAAUCCCAUCUAUGAUGUUGUAAGAAAAGGAAGGAGUGAUAUUAAACCUGUUCAAGUGAAUGCCCCUUAUGAAGAUGAGACCAUUAGUGUCAACUACAAUAUCAUGUGUCUCAAUCGUGAACAAGGUAUUCACUGGGUCAAAAAAGAAAGACUUCCAGCAUUUCUGGAAAGUGAUUGCUACUUUGAAUACAGGUUAGCCAAAUUGGUUUCACAAGUAAGAUGGAGUGAAUCAGGCAUGAAUAUCACAUUAGGUGCAGAUUUUUCUCCCUGGGUCCUGAAAAAACCAACCAGUCCACCACCUCCUCCUGUUGAAGAAGAUGAUGUUAUAAGUAUGAAAAAGUUCUGCAUUUCUCUUGGCAAGGCCUCCUAUACUCAAACAAAAGAUUGGUUUGCAUUAGCAAAACAAAAUCAGCAAACAGUAUCAACCUUUUCAUUACCUUCUUGUGUAUUACACAACAAAAUUGGAUCACCAGUUAAUUCAUCUGUUUCUGAGAGUUUUAUCUUUGAUGAUGGAGUUCACCCCAGGACGAAAAAGAGCCCAUCUACAGCCACUAGGUUAAUUUCCGAAUUUGAAGAAGAUGGGCCUGUAUCUCUACAAGACACUCCUUCUCAAGCUCUUUUGAGGACAUACCUUGAAAAGCAACAGGAUGUUGAUGAAAGCCUGACAUUGCAUUUCUCAACAUGUGAAGAAUUUUUAAGAUCUUAUAUAAACUUUGUUUUGAGAGUGGCAAUUCAUCAAAUUCUUGGAGCACCACUUAGAGAAAGCCCAGAUUAUAUAAAUUUCAGAAAUGUAACAGAAGUGGUAUUUGAUGAGUGUUUGGGGACUACCUCUGGCAAGAAUGUUUUGCGGAGUGAAAUGCUAAAGGAAAAGUCGGAAGACAUGUUAGCACAAGCAGUUUCAAAAACUGAGAGCGUUGGACUAGAAAGCAGGGCUAAUUGGUGUAUUUCUCACAAAACUUAUGACAUUGGCAAUAGAAAGGAGUUCGAAAGAUUUAAGAAAUUUAUUAAAGGUACAUUAGGGGAGAGAUAUUGGUGGCUCUGGAUGGAUAUUGAGAGGUUAAAAGUUCUUAAGGAUUGUGGAAGACAUCAAAGACAUAUUGAGAAGAUGAAAAAAUGCUAUCUAGUGAGCAGUGGAGACUGCUACCUUUCUGCAGAAAUCUUAUCAAAAUUUAAACUGCUAGAUGGAUCUCAGUGGAAUGAAGAACACUUAAAAAAUAUUCAGACUGAGGUUGUAAAACCCUUACUUCUUUAUUGGGCACCGAGAUUCUGUGUUACUCAUUCAUCCUCAACAAAACAUGCUAGUGCUGAACUGAAAUUCUGGCACCUUCGUCAAGAGAAACCAAGGAAAGAUGUCGACCCUUUUCCACAAAUGGCAACCCUCUUGCCAUUAAGACCUAAAUCUUGCAUUCCACAGAUACCUGAGAUGCAGAAAGAAGAAUCCAGUUUAUUACAACUUUCUAAAUCUCCCAAGAAACCACCUAGAGUAAAAACAGCAAUUCAAAAACCUUGGAAGAGUGAGUCUUUGAAUCCAGUUUUUCCUAAGGAUGAUGUGAUUAAGAAAGGGUCAAGGCACAUGUCAGAAAGCAGCAAAAUUAUUUGUUUAGCAUCUUUUACUGACAUUUCUGAAUGUCUGAAGCCCCAGCUGGGUAGAAGAUAUACUUAUACAGAAGAACCUGUGAUUAAAACCAUGGCAGAUGGUGCCUUGGGAGGAUUUCACAUGGAAAAUUUGUUGCAAUCUUUGUAUGUAGAAAAUAGAGCUGGAUUCUUCUUUACUAAAUUCUGUGAGAACUCAGGGAACAAGUUGUGGAAGAACAGUGUGUACUUUUGGUUUGACCUACAAGCUUAUCAUCAGCUUUUCUACCAAGAAACAAUUCACCCUUUUAAAGUAUGCAAGCAAGCUCAAUAUCUUUUUGCCACAUACAUUGCUCCUUCAGCCACUCUUGACAUUGGACUCCAACAGGAAAAGAAAAAAGAAAUUUAUAUGAAAAUACAGCCGCCAUUUGAAGACCUUUUCGACACAGCAGAAGAAUAUAUCCUUCUCCUCCUUCUUGAGCCUUGGACAAAGAUGGUAAAAUCAGACCAAGUUGCUUACAGAAAGGUGGAGCUGGUGGAGGAAACUCGACAGCUAAAUUCCACAUACUUCAGAAAGCUACAGGCUUUGCAUAAAGAGACAGUUUCCAAGAAAGCUGAGGACACUACUUGUGAAAUUGGAUCUGGUAUUUCACCACUUCCUCAUGUCUCUAAACAAACAGAAUACUGGAAUAAUGUUCCUGCAGAAUAUAGGCAUUUUAAUUUUAAUGAUCUGCUUAACAACAAACUGGAGUUUGAACAUUUUCAUCAGUUUCUUGAGGCUCAUUCUUCAAGCAUGGACCUUAUGUGCUGGACAGACAUUGAACAGUUCCGAAGAAUAACUUACAGAGAUCGAAAGCGAAGGGAGGCAGAAUCUAUGUACAUUAAAAACAAGUACCUUAAUAAAAAAUAUUUCUUUGGACCCAACAGUCCAGCUUCUCUGUAUCAACAGGACCAGAUAAUGCAUUUAAGUGGUGGCUGGGGAAAGAUUCUCCAUGAGCAGCUUGAUGCAGCUGUUCUAAUUGAAAUUCAGAAGCAUGUCCUAAAUAGGCUAGAAAAUGUGUGGUUGCCAUUGUUUCUUGCAAGUGAACAGUUUGCAGCACGUCAAAAGAUAAAGGUACAGGUGAGAGACAUAGCUGAAGAACUUUUACUACAGAAGCAUGAAAGGAAGAUUGGAGUCUGGAAGCCUGUGGAGAGUAAGUGGAUAUCGUCAUCUUGUGAUAUCAUUGCUUUCCGUAAAGCAUUAUUGAAUCCAAUUACCACAAGACAGUUUCAACAGUUUGUGGCUCUAAAAGGAGAUUUAUUGGAAAAUGGGGUGCUCUUUUGGCAAGAAGUACAAAAGUAUAAGGACUUGUGCCAUUCUCAUUGUAGUGAAUCCCUCAUCCACAAGAAGAUCAUGACUAUUAUCAACUGCUUUAUUAAUUCCAGUAUUCCACCAGCUUUACAAAUUGACAUUCCAUUAGAGCAAGCCCAGAAGAUUAUUGAACACAGGAAGGAGUUGGGACCAUAUAUAUUUAGAGAGGCACAGAUGACAAUUUUUGGAGUUCUGUUUAAAUUUUGGCCUCAGUUUUGUGAGUUUAGGAAGAACUUAACUGAUAAAAAAAUUAUGAGUGUUUUGGAGAGAAGACAAGAAUAUCGUAAGCAGGAAAAAAAAUCGGUAGUCACGGAAGACGAAAAAUUUGCAGAGGAUGGAAUCAAACAAUAUCCAAGUACUUCAGGAUCUGCUAUCAAAACAGCUGCUUUAAUCAGUGACCCAGGUUUAGGCCAGCACGCGUACGGCCAACAGCCAACCUGGUGCUACUCAAAGUACAUAGAAGCCUUAGAACAGGAAAGGAUUCUUCUUAAAAUUCAAGAAGAACUAGAAAGAAAGUUGUUUGCAGCCACACCAUCUUUUACAAAUUUCAAGUCUACUGCUUCCGCUGUCUUUGAAAAAGACCAUAUCUUCCCACAACAUUCAGAAGCACAGGCUCCGGAUGCGCAGGCUCAGCGCCCAUGGCUCACUGGCCUAGCCGCUCCACGGCAUGUGGAAUCCUCCCGGACUGGGGCACAAACAUGUGUCUCCUCCAUCGGCAGGCGGACUCUCAACCACUGCGCCACCAGGGUAGCCCCCCUCAUUGUAGUUUUGCUUUGCAUUUCUCUAAUAGUUAGUGAUGUUGAGCAGCUUUUCAUGUGCUUCUUGGCCAUCUGUAUGUCUUCUACGGAGAAAUGUCUAUUUAAGUCUUCUGCCUAUUUUUGAAUUGAGUUGUUUAUUUCAUUAAUAUUGAGCUGCAUGAGCCAUUUAUAUUUUUGGAGAUUAAUCCUUUGCCCAAUGAUUCAUUUGCAAAUAUAUUCUCCCAUUCUGUGGGAUGUCUUUUCGUCUUGUUUAUGGUUUCCUUUGCUGUGCAAAAGCUUUUAAGUUUCAUUAGGUCCCAUUUAUUUAUUUUUGUUUUUAUUUCCAUUACUCUAGGAGGUGGAUCAAAAAAGAUCUUCCUGUGAUUUAUGUCAAAGAGUGUUCUUCCUAUGUUUUCCUCUAAGAGUUUUAUAGUGUCUGUCUUACAUUUAGGUCUAAUCCACUUUGAGUUUAUUUUUGUGUAUGGUGUUAGGGAGUGUUCUAAUUCAUUCUUUUACACGUAGCUGUCCACUUUUCCCAGCACCACUUAUUGAAGACACUGUAUUUUCUCCAUUGUAUAUCCUUGCCUCCUUUGUCAUAGAUUAGUUGACCAUAAGUGUGUGGGUUUACCUCUGGGCUUUCUAUCUUGUUCCAUUGAUCUAUGUUUCUGUUUUUGUGCCAGUACCAUAUUGUCUUGAUUACUGUAGCUUUGUAGUAUACUCUGAAGUUAGGCAGUCUGAUUCCUCCAGCUCCGUUGUUUUCCUUCAAGACUGCUUUUGCUAUUCAGAGUCUUUUGUGUCUCCACAUAAAUUUUAAGAUGAUUUGUUCUAGUUCCGUAAAAAAUGCCAUUGGUAAUUUGAUAGGGAUUGCAGUGAAUCUGUAGAUUGCUUUCAGUAGUAUAGUCAUUUUCACAAUAUUGAUUCUUCCAAUCCAAGAACAUGGUAUGUCUCUCCAUCUAUUGGUAUCUUUAAUUUCUUUCAUCAGUGUCUUACAGUUUUCUGCAUACAGGUCUUUUGUCUCCCUAGGUAGGUUUAUUCCUAGGUAUUUUAUUCUUUUUGUUGCCAUGGUAAAUGGGAGUGUUUCCUUAAUUUCUUUUUCAGAUUUUUCAUCAUUAGUGUAUAGGAAUUCAAGAGAUUUCUGUGAAUUAAUUUUGUAUCCUGCAACUUUACCAGAUACAUUGGUUAGCUCUAGUAGUUUCCUGGUGGCAUUUUUAGGAUUCUCUAUGUAUAGUAUAAUGUCAUCUGAAAACAGUGAUAGUUUUACUUCUUCUUUUCCAAUUUUUAUUACUUUUAUUCCUUUUUCUUUUCUGAUUACUGUAGUUAGGACUUUGAAAACUAUGUUGAAUAAUAGUGGCAAGAGUGGACAUCCUUGUCUCGUUCCUGAUCUUAGAGGAAAUGCUUUCAGUUUUUCACAAUUGAGAAUGAUGUUUGCUGUGGGUUUGUCGUAUAUGGCCUUUAUUAUGUUGAGGUAGGUUCCCUCUAUGCCCACUUUCUGGAGAGUUUUUCUCUUAAAUCGGUAUUGCAUUUUGUCAAAAUAUUUUUCGGCAUCUAUUGAGAUGAUCAUAUGGUUUUUCUUCUUCAAUUUGUUGAUAUGGUGUAUCACAUUGAUUGAUUUGCGUAUAUUGGAGAAUAGUUUCAUCCCUGGGGUAAACCCCACUUGAUCAUGGUGUAUGAUCCUUUUAAUGUGUUCUUGGAUUCUGUUUGCUACUACUUUGUUCUGGAUUUUUGCCUCUAUAUUCAUCAGUGAUAUUGGUCAGUAAUUAUUUUUUUUGUAGUAUCUUUGUCUGGUUUUGGUAUCAGGGUGAAUGUGGCCUCAUAGAAUGAGUUUGGGAGUGUUCCUCCCUCUGCAAUCUUUUGGAAGAAUUUGAGAAGGAUGGGUGUUGGCUCUUCUAUAAAUGUUUGAUAGAAUUCCCCUGUGAAGCCAUCUGGUCCUGGACUUCUGUUUGUUGGAAUAUUUUUAAACACAGUUUCAAAUUCUUUACUUGUGACAGGUCGGGUCAUAUUUUCUAUUUCUUCCUGGUUCAGUCGUGGAAGGUUAUACCUUUCUAAGAAUUUUUCCAUUUCUUCCAGGUUGUCCAUUUUAUUGGCAUAGAGUUCCUUAUAGUGGUCUCUUAGGAUGAUUUGUAUUUAUGCAGUGUCUGUUGUAACUUCUACUUUUUAUUUCUAAUUUUGAUUUGAGUCCUCACCAUCUUAUUCUUGAUGAGUCUGGCUAAUGGUUUAUCAAUUUUGUUUAUCUUCUCAAAUAAUCAGCUUUUGGUUUCCUGGUCUUUGCUAUUGUUUCCUUUGUUCCUAUUUCAUUUCUUUCUGCUUGGAUCAUUACGAUUUCUUUCCUUCUGGUAACUUGGGUUUUGUUUGUUCUUCUUUGUCUAGUUCCUUUAGGUGUAUGGUUAGAUUGUUUAUUUGAGUUUUUUCCUUGUUUCUUGAGGUAGGCUUGUAUAGCUAUACACUUCCCUCUUAGAAGUUCUUUUGCUGCAUCCCAUAGGUUUUGGAUCAUUGGGUUUUCAUUUUCAUUUGUCUCUAGGUAUUUUUUGAUUUCCUCUUUGAUUUCUUCAGUGAUCUCUUGGUUAUUUAGUAACGUAUUGUUUAACCUCCAUAUGUUUGUGUUUUUUAUGUUUUUUCCUCUCUAAUUGAUUUCUAAUCACAAAGUGUUGUUUGUGGUCAGAAAAGAUGCUUGAUAUGAUUUCAAUUUUAUUAAACUUACUGAGGCUUGAUUUGUGAGCCAAGAUGUGAUCUAUCCUGGAGAAUG